CGGUGCGCAGUCGGCCUCGAGCUCCGGGCGGCGCGCGCGCAACCACGCCACUCAGUGAAAGGCGCAUGACUCACACCUGCCGCCAUGAACGAGUACGCCGAGUACGACUGGAAACUGCACCAGAUGCAGAAUGAACGCCUCUGUGAAGUCGCCAGGAAACGCCUCACCGACGGCGACAAGCAACGAGCACUCGACGGCCUGAAGGAAGCCGUCGAUUCUAGUCUCAACCUCGCCCUCCGCGACAAAAGCCGGUGCCAAGACGACAACUUCCUGCGGCGGUUUCUAUACGCGCGUAAACACGAUGUGCAACAAAGUUUCGAGCUGCUAGUGCGAUAUCAUCAAUUCAGGCGCGAUCAUCCAGAGCUCUGGGCUCCUGCCGAUGGCGGCGUGCUGCGGGCGUUGGCGGACGGGCUCCCCGGCGUGCUGGCCGAUCGUGACCGGCGCGGGCGCUGCGUGCUCAUCAUGUUCGCCUCCAACUGGACGCCUCACGCCUGCUCCCUGCUCUCCGUGCACCGAGCUCUCCUCCUCACCCUGGAGCGAGCACUCGACGAUGUUCAAAACCAAGCCAACGGCUUUGUGAUCAUCGUGGACUGGACUGAAUUCACCUUCAAACAAUCGUGCAGUUUACAAGCAAAAAUGCUAAAGCUGAUGAUCGACUGCUUACAAGACUGUUUACCCGUGCGGUUCAAAAGUAUACACUUUAUAGGUCAACCGUGGUACGUGGAGACAGCGUUGGCCGUUACAAAACCAUAUCUGAAGGCGAAAACGCGGGAACGGAUAAUAUUGCAUGGCAACAACUUAUCAACGCUGCACGAUUCCCUACCCUUGGAUAUUCUUCCUGCUGAAUUGGGAGGAGAAGGCCCCUCGUAUAACUCAGAACGAUGGUUGCAAGAGUUCUGUCGAGGAGACAGUAUAUGCCCCACGCCUGUGGCACCUACGGCUACAGCUGCCCCGGUAGAGAACGACCCUCCUUGUGCCAAACUGGACAAAGCUUAUAAACAAAAGGACAAUCCAAAUUUCUCGUUCCAUGGAAAUGAGAAAAGUGCAAAAUCAGAGUUAUUGCGUGAUAAAGAUUGACAUUAUAAUCUAUCGUUGAUCGCAACGUGGAAAAUGGACAGCUCCAAGGCUGGUCACGGUUCCGUCCCCGCGCAUCGCUGCAAUACGUGCUGUGGGCGCAUUUUGUGAUAUCGAGUGUAUUGUUUAUGCUAAUUUAUUGUCUAGAGACUGUAGGAGGGUUAACGCCUCACUAGAAAGCGGUAUGAAUAUGAGUAAGUGCAUUUAUAUGGUCUCGGAUUGGAGCAUCGCGGCAUCGCUCGGAUCGUUAGUAUUCGUUUCGGUUGGUGGCUAUCUAAUUAGUGAGUCAGCCAGGUUUUAUGGCUGGCGGGUGGGAGGCAUCCCCCGCGCUGCGCCGGCGCAUGUAACGGUGCCGAGCUCUCGAUUCGCGCAUCCGUCCGACUCGCAGGCGCUGGAUUCUGCUCAACCGAUGCAUCUUUGUACAUCGCUCUCAGCUUCUGUGUUACUUUACUCUUUUAAGUAUUUAUUUAUAAUCUAACCAGUACUUGUAGUGAAAAUAAUAUCUCAUUAUGAAAUAGAUACAUAGUAGCUUUGAACAUGAGGCUUGCUGCGCAUUUACUAUUACGUUAAGUCUAUGUUUGGAAAAUAAUACCACGCUGAUGCGAAAUAUUUUAAUAAUAAGUAUCUAUUGUAUUCCACUCUAAUAACGUCAUACCUACGUCCCGUGUAUUGUGUUAUUGUACCAUCGCAGUUGAUAUUUUAGACGGUCCUAUUGUAAAUUUAUUGAGUGCUGCUUAAUGUAAUAUUUAAAGCUCUCAUUUCAUUGACUUAUAAGCUCUCUCCUAGUUGAAAGUCCUAAUUUAUUUUCUUGUAUCAUCUCAAAAUUGUAAAUAGACAUACGACUGCUGUGACAUUAGACAAUAAUAAGAUAGUUCCAAUAAAAUAAUUCUUAGAAACUUAUUUGUAUCAGUGAUUGAACUGAACUUGAUGUAAAUACGCAAACAAUUUUGACUGAAAAGUUCUUAUAAAUUGAUAUUAUAAUUUACAAUAAAUAUUGAAUGUAACUAGA